AUGGAAGUUGACCCGACGAACACCAUCAAAGGAAACAAUUGGACCGUGGAAGCAAAUUUCUGUGAAUGGAUUGGUGUCGUUUGCAGCAACCGCAGGCAGAGAGUCAUAGCUUUAGACCUCUCGCACAUGGGUCUCCAGGGAAGACUCUCUCCCUACCUUGGCAAUCUUUCUCUCCUAACUUCCCUUGAUCUCCGCAACAACAGUUUUUAUGGCAUGAUUUUGAUAGAAAUUGGUCAUUUAAGCCGCUUGAAAGAACUUAUACUCGAAUUGAACCAAUUCGAAGGAAACAUUCCUCAUAUCUUAACCCAGUGCCAGAACCUUGAAGUGAUGUCACUCGCGACCAACAGGCUAACGGGUGGCAUACCAAGAGAAUUUGGGGCCUUCCGUAAGUUGCAACAACUGAAUCUUAGCUCAAACGACUUACAAGGUCAAAUUCCAAGCUUCCGGGGAAGCAUUUCUCAAGAUAUAGACAGCUUGCAAAAGCUGCAAAAGCUCUAUAUCUCUGCUAACAACUUGACUGGCAUGAUUCCUCGAACCAUCGGGAACAUGUCAAGCUUGCACAAGCUGGACAUAGGAUCUAACCAAAUUGAAGGGGAGAUUCCGAGUGAGAUUGGCAAUUUGGUCAAUCUAGAACGAAUGAGCCUUGGGGUGAAUUUGCUAACCCGCGAAGUGCCUCGAGAGAUAAGAGGUUGUAUUCCCAAGGAAAUGGGUUUCUUGAAGAGAUUGACUUUCCUAGAGUUGAGCGAUAAUGCUCUAGAUGGCAACAUCCCAUCAUCGAUCGGAGGACUUGAAAGGUUGCAAAGGCUGUAUCUUGAUAACAACCAUCUCGAAGGACUGAUCCCCAAUGAGAUAUGCAACUUGACAGGUUUAGGAGAGUUGCUACUCCAGCAAAAUAGGAUAUCGGGAUCAAUACCGAAAUGCAUUGAAAACCUUAGCAGCCUUCAAAUGUUUCUCAUAAGCUUGAAUAACAUGAUAUCGGUUAUACCCUUGAGUCUGUGGGGCCUUCAAGAACUUAUCUUCCUCAAUCUAUCACACAAUUCUUUCAAUGGAAGACUACCACUUGAAAUAGGGAAGAUGAGAGCUAUAGAGAGCAUCGAUCUUUCUUGGAACCGACUUACUGGUGCCAUACCAAGUUCCAUCCAGGAGUUUGAGAGCCUUGCUUUGCUCAACUUGUCAAGGAACUCGUUUCAAGGAUCGAUACCGCAAUCGAUUGGUCAUCUCAAAGGGUUGGAAUUCCUCGAUCUCUCCUACAAUGAGUUAUCGGGCAUGAUACCUGAGUCCUUGGAAGCACUUGCAUUUCUACAAAUUUUGAACUUGUCCUUUAAUAAGCUAUCAGGAGAGAUUCCUAAUGGCGGGCACUUUGGAAAUUUCUCGGCUCUCUCUUUCAUUGAAAAUGAAGCACUUUGUGGAAAUGCGAUUUUUCAAGUCCCAUGUUGCAAAGUAAAUGGAAUGAAAUCAAGAGACAAGCGGCUCCAUAUACUAUACAUUACUGUGCCAAUUGUAUCAGUUAUACUUUUAGUCCUUAUCAUUUGCUUGCUUAGAAAGCAUGGGGCUACCAGUGAAAAAGCUUUGGUUUUGAUGCUCGUGUAUAAAGGGACUCUGGCCAAUGGGAUAGACAUCGCAGUCAAAGUACUAAAUCUCCAUAUCGAAGGUGCUCUAAAAAGUUUUGAUGCAGAAUGCGACGCUUUUCGUAUGAUUCGGCACCGCAAUCUUGUCAAGGUGAUCAGCACCUGCACGAACGCCAAUCUGAGAGCUCUGGUGCUGCAAUACGUGCCUUGUGGGAGUUUGGAGAAAUGGUUGUACUCCAACAACUACAACUUGGAUCUCCUUCAGCGAGUGAAGAUAAUGGCUAACGUUGCAACGGCGAUCGAGUAUCUCCACCACGGCCAACCAGAGCCCAUUGUGCACUGCGAUCUAAAGCCUAGCAAUAUUCUUCUAAACAAGGACUUGGUCGCACAAGUCUGCGACUUUGGAAUUGCCAAGAUUUUGGCUGAGAACAAGCUUGAAACACAAACCCGAACUCUCGGCACGAUUGGUUACAUUGCUCCAGAGUAUGGUUCGGAAGGGAAAGUCUCGACAAAAGGAGAUGUAUACAGUUUCGGCAUAUUGUUGUUGGAAGUGAUUACUGGGAAGAAGCCAAUCGGUGAAAUGUCCAAUGCUGAUAUCAGCUUGAGGCAAUGGGUAGGUGCAUCGAUUCCAGAGAGAGUGCUUGACAUUGUGGAUACCAAAAUCCUUCGCAUGAAACAUGAAGAUCCAACUCUUUCGAAAUUCAAUAGCAUAGUCUUAUUGAUACUAGAGUUAGGACUAGAAUGUUCAAAGGACUUGCCCGGGGAAAGAAUGGACAUGAAAACUAUCAUGGUUAAGCUCAACAAGAUCAAGUUGUCACUUCCUUGA